AUGAUUUCUGUCGCUGUGUUUUACCUCUUGGCUGUGAUUUGUUCUGCAAGACGGACACAUGCUCUACCUCUCUACCCCGACAUCGACCUGGAGCCACAGGCAGAUUUCAUUCAGAAAUUAGUGUCAGAGGUGGAUGAUGGACCCGACACGGCUGAGGGGGAGCAGAGAGAGGUGAAUAAUCUGUAUCCUCUACUGAUGCAGCACAAUGGAGGAAGGGAGUCUUGGAAUAAAGGUGCUAAAGAUUCAAUACAACAAGACAAGUUUGCAAACAUGGUGGAGGAUCUCAGAGAAGCCGUCUUGAAGCUGGCGGCGGCCGACAAGCUUCGCUCUCAGGGUUUUCUCAGAUCAGAGCAGAACUUGCCAAAAACAAACAAAAGAACAUGUUUCUGGAAAUACUGUGUCACCAACUAAAGCCCGGCCGCUGCAGGACGUUUGCUGUGAUUUCUUCACGGCCUGGUCGGCCACGCCUUUCCUCUCCAUCGUCAUUUUUUUCCCCUACCAACCAGUUAAUUCACCAUCUACACCGAACGAUCAAAAGUUAUAUUUUUGAAGUUGUAAAAUUGUCUUUGUUUUUGUGGCUGAAAAUAAACUUGAAUAUCAGAAAUGCCAUUAUUGAAACCUGUUUUGGUUGUGAUAUUUCAAAGUAAAGAUGUUUCUUUUAUCUAUAGUACCUA